AUGAAGCUGUCACUGUGGUGGCUUCUCAUCGUGAUCGGUGUCGGGCUAAACAGUGUUAAGGUACGCGGAGAAAGUCAUAUAAAACGGUUGGCUGUAAGAGAGGGUCGUAGAGGUUUUACCCUUUUAAGCUCCCGAAGAACGAUCACCUCCGAACCAUUGUGCUGUACCAGCAGUGAAACGGAUUUCAAAAACACAAGUAAAUGUGGCCCAAGAACGGCAGAACACGAAGAACGUGACAUGAUGACCGGGACGCCCUAUUUGACACUGGCACUGAAAGUGCUGCUGAUGGUGAUACUUUGCUAUACGCUGUGA